AUGGGUCUUGGAGGCGCCAUGUUUUGGGAUAGUAGCGCUGAUGGCAAAGGGAGUGACAGCUUAAUUGAGACAGUCUCGAGAGUUUUGGUAGAAGAUGGCUCAAGGCUAGACGGUACAGUUAACAAGUUGGCUUACCGAGAUUCAAUUUACGCCAACCUUCAGGCUGGGAUGCCAGACUCCAAAUCUCUUCCAGGAUCAGUUGUUACGACCAUGGCUACUUCCACCUUUAUAACUAGCUCUUCUACUAGCUCAACUGCUAUUGCCUCUCCAUUUCCAUUCACCACAUAUCGUAAACGAGACUGUGCAGAGUCGGAAUCAUCUUCUUGA